GCUGAAAGUGGGUAUCGUCGUAGACAUGAUCGUUUUUGAGAGCUGUUGAGACACUGUUAAUGCCAGGGAAUUCUGCAAAACUAGGUGGGAAGUCGCUUAUUGUGCCUAACAACAGGGUUUUGGCUUGCCAGUCGUGACACAGAAUCGCUGGACAAAAAAACCUAGCCUGCUUGCAAAACACUCUGCCGAAGAGGAAACGGGUAAUACGGGUUCCUUCGUCAUUUAAGCCCCUAUUUCUCUAGUUCGCUGCAGCCUGGCUCACGGUGUUCCUGAGGGCUGCAGUCGCAAGGGCCACCGCAGCCGCUGUAAAUGCAUUUCUUCACUAGGGGGACGACGUCCCGUAGCUUUUCUUUUGAACAAGUUAGGUUACUGUAGAAGGAAUCAAUAGUAGCAGCGUUCAAAAUGUGUUGUCUUUUUGCCAGUGGCAUGAUUUGCUUGAAAAAUCAUGCAUUUCGGCUGUCCUCACAUCUAGGUUCGCGCCAGUGGCUAUACGCAGGUCUCUCGAUUGUCGCGGUCGACGCCAUCACACAAGAAUGAGUCUUUUCGCGGUUGCAUGCGCGCAGCAUGAGGACUCACCGGUAUUUUUUUCGUUAUUUCUCUGCUCUUCGCAAUGUUAUUCGCCUUUUAACUCUCAACAUGAAUGCUACUCGUCGGGACAUCUCGGUAUUUUGAUCGCGUGUUUUCGCGCAACGCAGCGCGACUCGGUCUUCUGUGAGUUUCACUUGCCAGCGCCGCUACCUGUCCAUGAAAACGAACCAGACAGCCAACUUUGCAACUUGAAGAUUCCCCAUUCCUUUUUAGUAAUUUAUCCGGUCUUUCUUUUUAGUGUCUCUCGGCAGUUUGCGACUACUCACCAGUGCGCUUUGUCCGCUACCAGGUGUGACUUUCUCGUAGCUCGUUCUUGUUGGUCUCGUUCCGUUCUCACGGAAGAAGGAACGGCUACUUUCCUUGAUUGGAACGCGGUCGUGCACAGUUAUCGGGAAAAUACGUACACUGGAUUUCAAAGUGGAAGCCUUUAGCCUCACCGCUUCUUUUGUUCUCCAUGUGCCGCGUGGAUUUGCAAGACUGGAUAGAUGCCGUUGCUUAGCUGACAGCGAGGCGUUUUCAACGCUUUUUCGCAGCGCACGGUUCCUGUCCUAGACCAGGACACACAUGUAUAUUAGCGAAGAGUUUUCAGCCUCUCUCUUUGAAAGAAUACCUGAAAGGCCUCGUGUCCACAGCAGGCGCUGCCGGAGAGUGUGUCUGCUACCCUCGGUGGAUGUGGCCUUUUUUGACUCUCACCCAGAAAUCUUUCCUCGCAAACCGUUCCGGAGUCUUCGCCCGAUUUGACGGCUUAUACUCUGUGUUUAUCCGACUCGAGCCAAAGAAACGGCGAGACUUCAGAUCUUUUGGUUUUAUCAUCUGUACUUGCCUUGGUUCCUUCCCACCUUGCCUGAGGUGUCUUGUACGUACUCUGCAGAUGCAUUUUGACCAUUUGUUCGUGUACGUUGAUACUCGGCUGUACAUGUUAGAUGCCAACAUCCCGCGUAAGCCUCGACUUUAUAGACCGCACGACGAUUGUGUAAGUUUGUGCAUCUAUGUUGAUUCUCGGGUGUAUGUGUUAGACGCCAUCUUCCUGGCUGCACAU